AGUUCCAGUGAGCACCGCUAGUCUUCAAAAGCUGAAGAGGAAGUGUCAAAACACCCACUUUCCUUUUCAACUCUCUAUGUGUUUCGAAACCCCUGAUUUGUAAAAAAAUCUUUCGUUCUUGAAACAGCUCUAUUCCUACCAGUGGCGGAUUGUACGGCUUCACUUUCCUUCUCCUGACCCUUCUCAACACCCACAUAACUAAAAUCAACGACUUUGUUUGCUGAUGAAAAUCGGAUAAACCAUGGCAACACAUGGGUAUAGUGGAAACUCUUUUGAUCGUUGGGUUGAACAAUCAACUUUGCAAAGUGCUGGUGCUGAAAACACUAUGAACAAAAUGCAACACCAGUUUUGGGUAGCUAAGCAAACCAUCUUAAGGCGACUUGGAAAAAAGGAAGAUGACUGCGUAGUUGCCUCUGAUGCUGAACUGGAUGCCAAACUUGAACUAUUUUUAUCCAUCCAAGAAACAUGCUCUCAAUUGUACAAAGUUGUUGAGCAAUAUCAGGAGAGGCUUCAAGUCCUAUCCCAAGAGGAAAACACUUUUGGCCACUUUCUGCGAACAAAUGGAGAACUAGACAAAACAUGUGCCGGUAAAAUGAUGAAUGCAGUUGGUAAGGCAAUGAUAUAUUCAGCUCAGCAGCGCGCAAGUUUACGGUCCCCACUGGCACGCUUAUACCAAGAAGUAGAAACUUUUUGCCAAAGAGCCGUUGAAGAUACUUCCUAUACUGUCAACGAAAUGGAAAAGUGUCGCAAUGACUAUCGAGGUGCGUUAUUGUGGAUGAAGAACGUAUCCCAGGAGUUGGAUCCCGAUACAUUCAAGCAGUUGGAAAAAUUCCGUCGAGUGCAGGGCCAUGUCCGUGCCAGCAAAGCCAAGUUUGAUCGCCACAAGCUGGCUUGUUUGCAAAAAAUCGACUUGCUUGCAGCCGCUCGUUGCAACAUGUUUUCUCAUGGCCUAAUCGUGUACCAAGAUAACACGGCCUCGUUCUGGAAGAGGACCUCAAACGCGAUGACAACAGUUUCCGAAGCUUAUAAAGGUUAUCAGCCGUACGAGUUUACUUUCGUCAAAGGAUUGGCAGAAACUUCGCUGAAGCUAGCCGGUGAAAAAUCCGCGUCUCCUGAGCCUAAAUUUGAAUUUUUCUUUGAAAGUGAAUUUCAUGACGAAGAAAAAGUAGAUUCGUCUUGUCGGAACGAGGGUCAGAAUAAUGCACAAAGAGACAAACAAACCUCCAAUAAGGGACGCAGUAAAUCCAAAACUAACAAGCGAGAUUCGUCUGAAAGCAAACCUUUGCUUGAUAAAGCUCCUGAAGAUCUUUUAGGGGGAGAUGGAACCGAUGAUCUUUUAGGAUUAAACCUUGGUUGCAGUACUGAUUCUGAUGCGCUACUGUUGGAGCUAGCAUCUUUGGAUUUCGGACAACCAGCAUCUGUGAAGGGCGAUCCUUCCCAAGGCCAUACAGCUAAAAAUGAUCCUGGUUUUCAACAAGACCAAUGUUUUCUAGCUAAUUUCGAUCAAGUUUUCGGAUCAGCUAAAACAGAUACGAAGGGAGAAUGGAAUUCGUACCUACCUUCGAAUUUUUUGUCGAACGAUUUUGUCAGUGGAUCUUCGUCUAACGUACUUUCCGACACGUCUACCUCUUCUCAGCUGCUGCCAUCGAGUAUUUCAAAAGAAAUCGGCGAAAAAAAAUUUAUGAAUGAAAACCGUUCGAAAAAAGAAACAGGGAAAGACAUGACUUCAUGGUACAAUCUAUUUGCUGAUCUUGAUCCAUUAGGAAAUCCAGAUGCGUUGAGCAUCAACAAGAAGGAAGAUGACGAUCGUAAUUGUUGAACAGUUUUCCAAACAAACGUUCCACAUUUAUCACAUUUCAAAUUAUUCUAGUCUUUUCUGGUCUGCAUGUUAACAAUCAUUAUUGUAUUGUUGGUUUCUUUGCUUUGCCACAUUUCUUUUUUUCUGGAUUAUAAUAUUUUCAAUGAAUACACCAAUGCUUUAGGAAA